AUGUUGGGGACACUGUCGUGUCUUCCUGGGCUGUCCUUCGCCCUUCCGCUGCCGUCGCUGUAGCUUCGGUCCCUUUAAGAGGUCCGCGCCCUUGGGCCUCGCUUCCGCCAUGGCGGCUCAGCUGCUGGGGGAAGAUCUGGUGACUUGCUCCAUCUGCCUGUGCCCCUACCUGGACCCCGUGACGCUGCCUUGCGGGCACAGCUUCUGCGGGACCUGCAUCCAGGACUCGUGGCGCUGCUGCGAGAAGACAUGCCCCGAGUGUCGCCAGCCCUUCCCCGAGGGUGCCAAGCUGUGCCGCAAUGUGACGCUGAGCACCUUGCUGCAGGCGCUGCCGCGCGCGCUGCAGGCGCAGCCCCCAGCCACCCUGCGCGCGGAGCCCAGCGCCAGCCACAGCGCAAGCUGUCCGCGCCACGGGAGGCCGCUCGAGUUCUUCUGCCGCACCGAGGGCCUCUGCGUGUGCAGCGCUUGCACAGUGCACGAGUGUCGCCACCACGAGCGGGCGCUGCUGGACGUGGAGCGCCGCGGGCGUGAGGACCAGCUGAAAGCUAGAGUGGUGGUUACCCGGCAACAAGUCUCCGAGGCAGAGAGCCAGCUUCAGGAGCUGCAGCUGCAAAAAAACCAGAUCGAGAGUUCAGCCUGCACCCUGGCCUCAGCGGUCACCAGCAGAUUCAGCAGCCUGUUUCAGGCACUGGAGAAGCAGAAGGCCUUGACACUGAGGAGUAUAGAGGUAGGCAAGAAGCAGGCACUGGGCCAGGCCCUCAGUGAGACACAACGGCUCACCAGCCACCUAGAGGCCUUGUCUCAGUAUGACCGCAGUGUCCAGGACCUCCUGGGGCAAGUGGACAACUGCAUCUUCUUCCAGGAAUUACGGCACCUCUCUGAGCCUGUACAGACCCUUGGGCCACUGCCCGCUCUGCAGUGGGAUGAAGAGGAACAAUUGAACACCGUGAAUGAAUUGCUUAGUCCACUCUGUCGGCUCCUCCUCGAAGACAAGCCCUCCAGGGUGGCAGGCAAAGCUGCCCAGGCUGGCCCUGUGGAGGCCUUGGGUCCCCCGCCAGCAGUCCCCAGCACAAUGUGUCCACUGAGGAAGAAACUCUGGCAGAAUUAUCGCAAUCUGACCUUUGACCCGGACACUGCAAACCAGUACUUGUCCUUGUCCCACGAGGACCAGCAGGUGACACACCGUUUCCAGGCCCAGAGAGCAGCCGGGCCAGGCAGCUUUGAGCUGUGGCAGGUGCAGUGCACCCAGAGUUUUCAGGCUGGACAGCACUACUGGGAGGUUCGGGCUUCUGAUCACUCUGUGACGUUGGGCGUCACCUACCCAAAACUGUCACGCCGAAAGGUAGGGAACCACACGGACAACAUCGGCCGUGGACCUUGCUCCUGGGGCCUCUGCAUCCAGGAGGAUAAUAUCCAGGCUUGGCACAAUGGCAAGGUUGAGCGCCUGCAUGGGGUACCUGGACGUCUCCUGGGCGUAGAUUUGAACUUGGCCUCCGGCUGCCUCAACUUCUACAGCCUAGAGCCACAGACAGAGCGGCUGCACACCUUCUAUGCCGUUUUCAGCCAGCCUCUCUUCCCCGUAUUCUGGCUCCUUGAGGGAAGGACCCUCACUCUUUGCCAUCAGCCUGAGGCCAAGCUCCCUCCAGGGCCCAGGGAAGAGGCCUCGGCACUCAGCUGAGGGAGGCGCAGGCAGGUGCCUCCAUGCUGGUCUGCCCAAGAGUCGCUGAGCCUGUGACUUGGAGACUUAAGGCCACCAUUCUAAAGAAACAGCAGUUGGCCUCCCUGUUGGGUGAGAGGGAGGGGAGCCUCUAAAUCAAAGUUUACUUUUUGCUCUCUUUGAAGGAGACAGGGGCUGGAAAGAAAGUAAAUAGGAAGCCCCAGCCCCGGGCAAAAGCCAACUUCAUGGCAUGGCCUAGACACCUGCCUGCCUUAGUGACUGAUCUACUGCCGUGAAGAGACACCAUGGCCAAGACAAGUUUUAUAAAAGAAAGCGUUUAAAGCAUUUAACUGGGGGCUUGGUUACAGUUUUAGAGGGUUAGCUCAUGAUCACCAUGGCAGGGAGCAAGCAGGCAUGGUGCUGAGCAGUGUCUGAGAGCCUUACAUCCUGAUCCACAGGCAGUGGGCAGAGAGAGAAAGAGAGAGAGAGAGAGAGAGAGAGAGAGAAAGAGAGAGAGAGAGAGAGCCUGGCAUGGGCUUUGAAACCUCAAAAUUCAUCCCAAGUGACACACUCCUUCCACAAGACCAUGCCUCCUACUCUUUCCCAAACAGGUCCACCAGCUGGGGACCCAGGGCAGGUUGUGGAGAGCAGAUGUGGUGAUGGGUGUGGCUGCUUCAGAUGUGAGCAUCUCGAAAAAACAAAAAACAGAAACAGAGUCCUUCCUCUCUUACUGACAGCAUCCCCAGCCUGGUAUACUUGUGUUUGUUUGUUUGUUUUCUGUAACAGGAUUUCUCUGUGUAGCCCUGGCUGUCCUGAAACUCACUCUGUAGACCAGGCUGGCCUUGAACUAACAGAGAUCCUUCUGCCUCUACCUCCCGAGUGCUGAGAUUAAAGGUGUGCGCCACCACCGCCCGGCCUGGUAUAAUGUCUUCACCUGAGAUGUGCUGUGCUCUGAUCUUGGUUUAUAAGAUGCCCACUUUCGCAACUUCCUUUCUCUUGUAAUUCCUUAAGCAUCUGUCUGUUUUUUAUAUGCUCAUGGGUGAACACUGGACAAUAAAAGAUUC